CAUCGACAAGAUCACACAACCGCCGCUGUCUCUGUCGAGAGAACUUUUUGGUUUGGAGAUUGGUCUUCGAUCCCCACGUUGUGGGUCGAAUUUCUCUCCGUUAACAAGGGGGAAUUACGACGCAAGAGGUACACAGCAAUCAUGUUUGACGGAGAAUACGACCCCCCGCUUGCUCCGCAGAGGUUCGCUGCCGGAUACAUCAUUCUUUCGUAUUUCGUCUCCUUUCUUGGUUCACUUUCAACCCUUGAACUUCUGCAAAGGAGAACUUCCCAGAGGGGUUUGCACAAUUGGUAUCUUCUCCUAGGGUCAUCCGUGACAAUGGGCGGUGUGGCUAUAUGGUCCAUGCACUUUGUUGGGAACCGUUCAAUAGUGCUUUAUCCUAACUCUGUUGGAACGGAUAAACUUCAACUCGCGUACAGCUCGACAUUUACAGCUAUAUCAUUCUUUGUUCCGAUUCUUGUGUUAUUCCUCGCAUAUCUCUUGAUAGGGACCAAUGAAGACGUGGGCUACCUUCGGCUCGGGUUUGGUGGAACGUUUGCCGGUUUAAGCAUUUGUGGGAUGCACUAUCUUGGGCAAUCUGGAAUAGAAAAUUAUCGGUCGUACUACGACGUCAGCUUUGUAGUCGGCUCAAUUUUCAUUGCUGUAUCCUCAACGAUCCUAGCCCUGGCGAUAUUUUUCAUUUUGCGGAAGAAUUUUACGAACAAUUGGUACAAGAGGGCUCUCUGCGCUAUGCUCCUUAGUGGUGGUGUUAGUGGCAUGCACUGGUGUGCGAGUGUUGGGACGCGAUAUCAAUUAAAAGGGGGUUCUGGACUCAAUCGUGACACCAGAAACGCAACUGUCAUUAUUACAAUUGUCUUGUCGGUCUUCGUAUGUGUCCUUCUAUUGGCAUUUGCUAUUGUCACAAGCAGGGCAAGGCAGAGGGAGGUUAUCCGCGCACAAAAGGUCGUUCUAGCGUCAGCAACAUUUGAUCCCGAUGGGAAAUUAAUGGUAUUACCGGACGGAACACUACCGAUUAAGGAGGUUACAGACUGUUUCCAGGAGAAAUCAUUCGAAGAGGCUCUUGGAAAAUCACAUCCAGUAUUCCACUGGAUAUAUCAAACCACUCGAAAUUGGAAAUCCUUGUCUGGCCUGAUAGAAGGCAUGAGACAGCAUCUUCGACACUACAAUCUCAGUAGCCGUUCUGCAGAUUUUGUCGAGGACUAUGCAUUUGUUUUCCGUGAGAUGUUUUGUAUUGCUGCCCAGGACUUGGCCGACGGAACACAUAGGAGUUUGGAUGACUUGGGCGUCCUCUAUGACGAAAUAAUCACUACUGGGGUUAGUGUGAGCAAUAUGAUUCCUGGGAAAAACUCAGAUUAUACGGACGUCGAGGCAGGCCAUGGGAAAGGAAAAAUUUUAUUCCUGAUAAAGAAAGUAACCAAGCCCGAAGUUGCGGAUCUAACGAGUACGGGUUAUCGGUUUACGGAUACCAGUAAUGUUAUUGAUAUCAUCAGCAGGUCAACUCAAGUCCCCAAGGAAACGCUAAUACAUCACCUCAACUCGAUGAAAACAUACAACUCGCCGGAGCGUAUGCUUCAACCAGGAGUUCACGUUGGAUGUUUCGCGGUCCGUGCAAACGUCAAUGGCGGCUUCGAGAUCCUGGUGCGUGUUGACCAGCUAGACUCUCUCCCGACUGUCCAGCUGCCAAUGUCGGCACUCGAAGCUAGUCAUAUCAACUUUCUGAAGGAAAACGAAGGUGUGGGAGUGGGGCGUCUCAUUGAUGAUAUGGAUGCUCCAGGUGGCGGCUCAAGCUCACUUCAGGCGCUCAACGAUCCUCCGUUUAUAAAUUUAUUUAAGGCGGCGCUCCAGAGCUUGAUUGAAGACAUCAAGGACCCAUUUUUUGCCGACUCGGUCCUCGUUCCACAGCCUAUUGCUAUCCCAUGCCAAAUUACUCCCGAAAACGAUUCGGGUAUUGCGGUCAUAAUAGUUUUCAAAACGUUGAUGCCAGUCCACGCGCGUACAAUCAAUGAAAGUCCAAAGAUGGAUUUCGUUCCUUUCCGAUUUUUUUCAUUGCAACAAAGGUGUUUCCCUUACUCCCCCGAUCACGAUGUUCAGACCCGGAACACACACCGAGAGUUCUCUGGGAAGGCAGCGGCGGUGACUGUGAAAAAGCCUACCCGUUCUCUAUCGAAGAAAGGACUCAGGGAUUCUCUGAGGCCUUGGCCGAAUAGCGGACAUCGUUUCAUGACUCCAAGCUCCAGUCGUCCCUCAACGUCUUCGGAGAAGAAGCUUGUCUCCGGCGAUCUUAGCCCCAAUCCGAGCCUAAAUCCAUUCACUACUGGGGGGAUUAUGGUUUCUCAAUCAGUUUCGGUGGAACAUGCUGAAGCCAAGAGCGCUGUGGAGUUGCAACUAAUGGGACCUAGCUCGGCCAUCACAGUCAAGGAUAACGAUCAAGAAAUGCCCACUUGGGUUGACAUCCUGUUCAGGGGGGUGGUGAGCACCUCUCCAGGGCAAAACUAACCCACCAUACCAGGUUGAAGCUUCCUGUUUUGGCUAUGUGAUUAUAUGAAAAGCUGUUGGUACUUUUUUAUUAAUUUUUUUGAUAAGCACUUUCGGAGAUAUGGUUUUUGGCUUCCUCGAUUUGCUUGCGCCUCUUUUGAUCAUUUUCUAUUAUCCCCAAAAAUUCCUUUCCUGUAUUUGUUUUACGAGGGGGACGGAGCUGUGUGUGGGAUUGGAUCUGGCGUUUUUCUGGGCUCUUUGUAUUUUCCCCCAUCUUGGGACUCCUUUUU